AUGUCUACAAUUGCAGUAGCCGCCAUGGUAUCACCUAAAUCUCAACAUACAUCAACGAAGCCGUGCACAUCUGCAAGUUGCUGUUCCCCAUCUCGUCUUUGGAAAACGGUUCAAUUACUCGUCAACACGGAUCAGCGAGAUGAAUUUCGCAAAUUAUUCAACGAUCAGGAGAAAUUGCCUCAUCUCGUCCGUGUUAUUCUGACCUGUCGUCUCUCCAACAACCCACUUGUCUAUAAAAACACAAUGAAGAUUGAUGCCCGUUUGAACGAUACAUUUGGCAAAAUAUCAGCCACAGACCUGAACGCGCUUGAACUCGCUUUGCUUCAAAAGCAUGAUCAUAUUGCUUUUAGCAUGCUGCAGGUAUUGAAACAGAAUGCCACCCCUGCUCAAUGUAAGCAGUUUAUCAACCAUCAAUGGGGCAAGCAAAAGAACACGGCUUUGCAUUUGGCUGCCUUCUGGGGCAUGUCCAAGAUUGUGCGACUGAUGUUGGAGAUGGGAGCAGACCCUACCACGCCCAACAAUCGUCACCUCAGACCCAUCGAUUGUACCACCCACCCAGACCUUAUUCAUCAAUUGCAACAAUCAAAUACUGUGCAGCCAGAGCAGCAGCAGCGUGCAUCACCUUCACCACCUUCAUCGCUUUUGCUUAAAAAAGCUGAAAGACUGCUGCGUCCUCUUCAAACCAUCCCAUCUCCAGCCUUGGCGGCAACGGAUCAGUACAUUGUUCAAGAGGACAUGAGAGCCCCCAUCAUGUCUCCCUUGUCCUUCUCAUCGUCAUCUUCGUCCUCCUCUUCCUUGUCGUCGCUUGAUCAUCACUGCUGGACUCCACCCACAUCGCCUAUUCCACAUGUCGAAUCACCCAUUCUCUCCCUCCUGGAAGAAAAGGGUGUAGCGCAACAACAACAGCAACGUGAUGCAUUGUUGAUGGAGAGGCCAGGCUGUUUCCCUCGUCAGACUGUGGUUGGUGUCACUAGCAUCGAUGUUGAUGAUAAACAAAGACAGCUUGUUGACGACAACGACAACGAUCAUCAGCGCAACAGGAGCAACGACGACCUGGUCAAAACUGUGUUACGGAAACAAAAGAAAGUUCAGUUCAACUCUGAGACUAUUUUGAUGGAUGCUUGUAUUCGUGGUGAUCAACAAGAAAUGAGCGAGUACCUCGACCUGGAUUUCGGCGCCAUUCGAGAUGCACAAAACAGGUCCUUGUUACAUGUUGCCCUGAUGCACGGACAUGAGCAUUUGGUGCAGUUUUUGUUUGAUAAGGUGGAUAUCAAUUACAGCGACAAUGAUGGCUGGACAUGUCUUCACUAUGCUGCUGCACUUGGAUUGUGGCCAUCUCUCCAGUUUAUCGCGUCACUUUCUCAUUGUAAUAUAAAUGCACGGACCAACCAUGGAUUGAAGAUCGAGGAUUGUCCAGAGUCUGAGUUUGGCAGAAGAAAGUGCAGAAUAUGGCUUGAACGAGUUGCUCGUAGCAAGCAAGGACCCUCAUCUACAGCAAAGAAGCAACUCCUGCUCAAGAAGCCAUCUUUGCUCAAUCUGUCCACCUAA